AUGACGUCACCGGAGGAAGCCGCCGAGAGAGCCCCGAAACAAGGAAGUUCCAGGAAGUGCUGCUGUUCGGCCCCGCCCUCCAAGGGGAGACGGCAUGGAGUUUUGAGAGUUGCCCGGAGAGGGGUCAGGGGCCACACUAACCCGGGCCGCCACGGUAUAGAGCGGUGUUAUGAAGGAGAGAUGGGUGAGCGGAUCCACGCACCCCGCAUGCUGCCGUGUGGCCCCCGGGGCUCUGAGGUCUGCUCUCUGCCCGCAGCUUCUGAUGAUGACUUUCUGGAUGAUUAUUCUUAUUUUAAUGAUGGGGAUGAAGAUGAUGAUGAUGAUGAUGGAAGAGCUUUUGCCGGGGGCCCUAACCUGGGGCCCUUCCUCCACCUGCACCCUUCUUUCCUUUACCCCCAUCAGCUAAGCUUUAGGCUGCCAGUAACCCAGGAGGAGGCCGACCGGAACGCUCUGGAGCUGCUGCAGGAGGAGGAGAAAGAGAGGCAGAAACUGGAAAAGAAGAGGUUAAAGAAAAAGCGUCAGAAGGAACGCAAACGUCAGCAGAAAGCGGAAGGCACGAGCCAUGGAACCGGUGCGGAUAAAGAUCUGGAUGCAGAUCCCAAUGACGGGACGGAUGCAGACGAGGAGAGCGAAUCGGAGGCAGAGCUGCCCCUCUCCGCCGCGGACCUUGAGGCCGGUCUCGAUCUCCAGAGCUCAUUUGUCCGCCAGGCCCAGCAAAGGAUGGGGAAUAAUCUGAAGCCCCAGAGGAAAGAGAGCGCUAGUGAGAGGUCUCGGGAGAGAAGGUCUGAGACGUCUAAGGAGAGAGACCCCCCAAAACCGUUGGCGCCAUCCAAGGAGCCGUCUCCGGUGAAGGGCAGUAUUACGGAUCUGUAUCGGGUGCAGCAGAGCUUGGAUUUAGCCAAUAUAGGUAAUAACCUUGCGAGUAGGGAACGCUUUCUUGAGGCCGCCAACUACUACACGGAGGCAAUUAAACUCAACCCCGCGGAAUAUAGGUUCCUCGGUAACCGCUCGUACAGCUAUGAGCGCUGUGGCCGGUACCAGGAGGCUUUGCGAGACGCAGACCAAGCGCUGCAGCUGCAGCCGCACUUUAUAAAGGGGCAUUUCAGGAAAGGAAAGGCCUUAAAGGGUCUGCAGAGAUACUCAGAGGCCAUCGCUGCUUUCCAGAAAGUUCUCUUAUCUGAUAUUAAUCACACCGAGGCGGCGGCUGAGAUAGCCCAAUGCCAGACAGACAUACAGGCCCAGAUCACAAGAGUGAACGUUAAUAGUAACUGUCCCCUUAACCCCCCUCCCACCCCGCCAGAAUCCAGCUCCGGGAAGGGAUUGGUGAUUCGGAACUCGCGUUACACGAUCGCUAACGGGACUGUAACCACCCCCAAAAGUGCAACUAAACAGAAACUGCCCCCGGCCAAGCAGCCGCCCACCCUCAGUUCUCUUUAUCCCGUGUGGGUUGGAAACGUCACGAAUAAGAUUACUGAGGAUGUUUUAAGAGCCACAUUUGAGCCGUUCGGCCCUGUCCAUUCCAUGCGGAUUCUGUACAGCAGAACCUGCGCGUUUAUUAACUACACCGGGAAGAAGGAUGCCGAGAGGGCAUUUCAGGAGCUGCAGGGCCGGAGUAUUGAAGGAACCACCCUUGUUUUACAGCUCAGGAACCCGGAGCAUUCAAAUUUAAAGGUGCCGGGAGCCAAGCAGCUGCUGAAGUGAGCGGCUUCUGCUGAUUUGCCCCGUGGGGGGUAACUCUCUGAUCAUCAAUCUUCACUGAUUUUAACCCUUUUGAAUUAAAAUCAAGUUUUUGUGUC